GAAAUAAUCUGCUGCAUAAUUAUUAUUGACGGGCGAUAAACAGGGCAUGUCUUUUGUGCUGAAUGUGGCGGAGACCGUGAAUGCAGAAAAGUGGCCGUUAGGUGAAAUAUCUCAGAAUGUUGAAAGCUUAGGAGGAUCUAAAACAGAGGCUGUAAAAGUGGAGAACGUUUCAUCUCUUAAGGAGGGAUUGUAUGGGGUUAAACGAGCGCGUUUAAAAUAUGAAAAACGGGAAAAUUUUGGCGAAAAAGUAUGGCCUGUGGAUGUAGAGGAAGCAUUUAUGGAUGCGAUUGCUCAUAUUCCUAAGCUUGGACGGCGAAAGAUUGUUGUAGGAUCGAAGUCAUGUGGUAGGAAUGAAUUGAUUGCAGAUUAUAUAUAUCGUCGUACUGGAAAAAUUCGUACACGAAAACAGGUUUCUAGUCAUAUUCAAGUACUUAAGCAUCUUAGGAGAGAGGAUCCUGAAUUUUUAAAAAUGAUUUCUGAUACACCAUGUACUUCACCAGAUAAAUUGAAGUCAAAUCUUGCAUUUUUUACACCUUCGAGUCCUCCUGUUAAUUUUGAUUCAUCAGUAUCAUGUCGUCAAUCAAAUACAUUCGAUUUUCCACGAUCAUUGGCGAAUAAUUUUUUGUCGUCUAGUGUUCUUAAAUAUCCAUAUUUUCGUGUUUUAGAGUUUUCUAUAUGGAAAACGUCAUUUGCUUCAGAGCAUGUUUAUUCUCGAUUGAAGGAUUCUUCUCUUACCACUGUUUUUCUUGAUUCCUUGCCUAAUUGGUCUGUUCGGUUCCCUUACCUUGUCGAAGUCCUUCUUUCUCCUAUUGGUAUUACAUGUCCGGUCUAUUAUGUUAAUUCGAUAUUGUCAAUUCCUUCUAUAAAUGAUGAGAAAAGUGCUUUUCAGGCUCAUUUUGUUUUGGCUAAGCCACCUAUUACAGUGCAAGAUGAAACAUGGGGCUGCGUAAUACGUAUCUAUACUAUGAGUCAAUGUAUAUUGGAACUUAAACAGAAGGCGUUUGUGCAUGAUGAAAAUAUUGUUCUUCCUUUUGCCAUUGAUUUUUGGGCAACAUUUCUUUCUGGAUUAAAUUCAUUGUCUACGGAAUAUCAUCCUGGAGAUGGUUCUGCUGAUGCAGAAAAAUCAAAAUACAGAAAGGAAUGGGAAAUUCGCUUAGCCGUUAGAGGUAUCACAGUCGUUUUUGAAGUAUUACGUUUUUCGAAUUCUUCUUCUCGUAUGGCUCUUCUUGCAUGGGAAUUCGAUGCUAUAUUUUCUGAUUCAGGUACUACUGUUUGCAAAGAAGUUGUUUUCGAUCGUUUUUCAUAUAAUUCUUCCGAAAAUGAGCAAUUAUUUACACCUUCAAGUAAUUAUGAACAAUGUGCAACGCCUUGUAUGAACUUUCAUUCAAGUCCUCUUAAUGUCUACAGCACAAAUUGUCCAAUGCCUUUUUCUAAUUACUUAUCGCCUCCAUCUAUUAUGCGACCUACAAAUGUUCCUAUUUUAUAUGAAAAUCUUCAGCAGUAUACACCUUCUCAAACAUCUAAUAUCGUGAAUUCCCUACCAUUUGUUUCUUCUGGAUCUUAUGAUUCUCAAGAUAAAUUUUUAACUGGUUCUAUUUCAGAAAAUGAAACAGCAAAUACUUGGCAAACAGAAAGUCUUCCUAAAUUAGGCUUCUUUUCUACUGGUAAUAAUGGUGUUUCUGUAUUUAAUGAUUCUAGAAAUAUAAAAAAAAAUGAUUCUUUAUAAUAAUAUCAAUUACGGGUUGUGUUUAAUGCAUUUUACAAUAAUAUUA